AAGAAUGGGAAAAUCAGAGAGCCAAAUGGAUAUCAUGGAGAAAAGCACUAAACCGAGGAAGCAUCGCUGGACUGUAGUGGAGAUCGGACUGUCUGUCAUUGUGCUUCUGAUGAGCUGCGCUCUGGCUGGACUCAUUAUGCUCUACACUUCAGCUCUGAGAGAGCGUUUUAACAUCAAUGAAUCUUCAAAAGGGCUGAAAUAUCGAUCAAACGCUGACAGCAAUGUCUGUACAACCCCACAGUGUGUCACUGCCGCGGCCCGACUGCUCCAGAACAUGGACCCCAGCGUGGAGCCGUGCCAGAACUUCUAUCAGUACGCAUGCGGAGGCUGGAUAGAGCGUCACGUCAUUCCCGAAACCAGCUCACUUCACAGCGUAUUCAAUAUCCUGAGAGAUGAGCUGGAGAUCGUACUCAAGGGAGUUCUGGAGAUGGAAAGUAAGGAUGACAGAGAUGCCUUCAAGAAAGCCAAAACGCUCUACAGCUCAUGCAUGAAUGAGAUUCUGAUUGAGCAGCACGACUCGCAGCCUCUUCUCAGGCUCAUUGACAGUAUCGGCGACUGGCCCGUGGCCUCUGAGGUCUGGAACGGCACAUCAGAGCAGGCGUGGAGCCUGGAGGACACACUGGCUGUUCUGAACGCUCGGUACAAUAAGAAGGCCGUGCUGGAGAUGUUUGUGUGGCCAGAUGAUCGAGACUCCAGCCGCUACAUUAUCCAUGUUGACCAACCAGCACUAGGAAUGCCUUCAAGAGAUUAUUACCUCAGCGAUGGGAAUUAUAAGAAGGUGCGCGAGGCGUACCUGGAGUUCAUGGUUUCCAUAGCAAGGAUUGCACGAGAAGACAAGAACUUGACCCAAGAUGAAGAGCGUGUGUGGGAGGACAUGACUCAAGUGCUGGAGCUGGAGACAGACAUCGCGAAUGCUACCUCACCUGCAGAAGAGCGCAAUGACAUCACUGUGCUGUACAACAAAAUGACACUGAGAGAAGUGCAGCAAACUUUCAACCUCAAUGGCUUUAAUUGGACGCGCUAUGUCCAGGGUAUCAUGUCUAGCGUGUCAGUAACAGUGCAACCGGAUGAACCCAUAGUUGUGUACUGCUCACCUUAUCUGGAGAAGCUCAGCGAUGUUCUUUCCAAGCACAGUCACAGGACUCUGCAGAACUAUCUGGCGUGGAUGCUCAUCAUGGAGAGGGUCAGCAGUAUGAGCCGGCGCUUCAAAGACGUGAGAGCGCACUACAGAAAGGCUUUGCAUGGCACUACAGUAGAGGAGGCCAGGUGGAGAGACUGUGUCCGUUAUGUCCAGGGCAACAUGGAGAACGCCGUCGGGGCCCUGUACGUCCGGGAGACCUUCUCUGGAAACAGCAAACGCAUGGUGCGUGAACUCAUCAGAAAGAUUCAGGAAGCUUAUGUGGAAACUUUGGAAGAACUGAGCUGGAUGGAUGAACGGUCCAAGGAAAAAGCCAGGGAGAAGGCCAUGGCAAUAUCAGAACAGAUCGGUUAUCCCGACCACAUCCUUGAAGAGGAAAAUAAGAAACUAGACGAGGAAUACACACAUCUGAAUUUCAGUGAGGAGAACUAUUUUGAGAACAUUCUGGAAAACCUGGCAGCCUCUGCCCAGAAAGGUCAUAAAAAGCUGAGGGAGCCCGUGGAUCCUGACAUGUGGAUUAUUGGUGCGGCUGUGGUCAACGCUUUCUAUUCACACAACAGAAACCAGAUUGUGUUUCCUGCUGGCAUCCUCCAGCCUCCGUUCUUCAGUGAAAAACAGCUGCAAGCUCUAAACUUUGGUGGAAUUGGGAUGGUUAUAGGACAUGAAAUCACUCAUGGAUUUGACGAUCAUGGCCGCAAUUUUGACAAGGAUGGGAACAUGAACAACUGGUGGAGCAACUCCUCUGCCGAGCGCUUUGAGGAUCAAUCUAAAUGCAUGGUGGAGCAGUACGGCAAAUUCAGCUGGAAACUUGCAGGAGGCCAAAAUGUCAGUGGCAUCACAACACUAGGAGAGAAUAUUGCCGACAACGGUGGCGUUCGUCAAGCAUAUAAGGCGUAUAUGAAGUGGGUGGAGAGGGAGGGCGAGGAGCCACGUCUUCCCGGACUGGAAAUGGAUCACAAACAGCUCUUCUUUCUAAACUUUGCCCAGGUCUGGUGUGGUGCCUGUCGCCCUGAGUACGCCAUUCAGUCCAUCAAAACUGACCCACACAGCCCUCUGGAAUACAGGGUUCUAGGGUCCCUCCAGAACUUUGAGGCAUUUUCUGAAGCAUUUCAUUGUGCUCGAGGAACUCCCAUGAAUCCCGAAGAGAAAUGUCGAGUGUGGUAACCUGCCGGUGAAGUUAUGGGAGUCUGUGUAUAUUAUACGAACCAGGCAUCGGUUAGGAGAGCUUGGAUCAUAUUAUGUUGUGCUGUGGCAGCUGCCUGUCUGUUAGUCUGAUAUGACAGACACGACAAAGGUGUUAGACACCUACAUGUGUGACUGCAUAGAUGUCUACUGUGAACUUUCAAAUGCGCACAUAUAACCAACGAGUGCAGGCGUCGUGAACGUGCACAGUGAGGGUGUUGCUUUUCUGAAAAAGAGGCAUGCUUUUUCAUUAUCUAUAGGUCCUGUUUGAAUAUUUGCAGGUUUCAUUAUUAAUUUUGUCGUUGAAAAACAUGUGUAAACACAAUAGUUCAUUGUAACGGGAGGGCUUAUUGACAUCAGAAUUUUCCAGAUUAUGUAAAUGGAUAAAUCCCUCGGUUGGCUUUCCAUUCUGUCGGCUCUCCAAGAAUAUAUCCGUUUUGCUUAAGCGACCCCAAAAGCAGCUAACAACUGGAGGCUUGGAAGCCGAUAGAGAUUGUGGUUUGAAUAGAAACCAGUCAAGGCAUCAUGUUUCGUUUCAUAAUAAGCAGCCUUAAAAUAUUUUGAUUAUGCUAUAAGAAAUUAUUCUUUUCUUUUCUAAAGCAUGCAGCGGAAAGAGGCAAAAGCUGGAGUCCUAUUGAGCGCUGUUUUCCCCAAAAAAUCCUAAUGUAUAUGUGCGAGCUACAGUACGUUUCACUGGAGAAUCUGUCAUUCUUUAAAAUCGAGGGCUUAGCGUUACGUAAAAGGGCCCGUGUUGACAAUUACAUGACAACCUUAAGACUGUUAAAACCAUAUCGCUUCAGGCUUUGUUUUUGUCCAUAAAUAGCCCCGAUUCAUGGCUGCCUUGCAAUUACGUGACAGACUUCUGUUAAAGCCAGCAGAUAAUGGCAGGAAGCCGCUGCAAUACGGGAAUGAAUUAGAUGCAACGGGUCACUCAGACUGUUUGUUUGUUUCAUACAAGCUGUUCGUUCUGCCAGGGAGCAUUUCUGUUCAUUGCAAAUGUUAACACAAUGUUAACACUGCAUGUUUAGGGGCAAGAAUCGGAUCUAGAGAGACAUGUAUUAAAACUGAGGGAUCUUUAACUAUUCAAUCCUCCUGGUUUGGUUUUUAUUCGGGAUUCUUAAAAACAUAGUUGAAGCAUUAAGAUAUAGAAACAUCAUUUUUAUUUGUUUUUUUAUCAGAUCAAGAUCCUUUUCUGAAGCAACACAUUUUGUAAUCAAUAUUUGUUCACAAAUUAGUUUUAAUACUCUACAACCAUUUUUUUGUUUGCUUAUGGUCAUUGGUGUAAAUGUUCACGUUAGGGUUGGGCGAUGUCUACAAAAUUGGCAUCGGACGAUGU